UUCAGUCGUGUCCAGUCGUACACUUUACGUUAAACGAGACAGACGCACGAUGUGGAAAACUACAACGGUGAUUUUGGUUAUCACCAUCGGCAUAGCUUUUCUGUUCCGCUCUAAUCCCGUCACAGAAAUACCGAACUUGCCCGAAACUUUCUGGGGUCCGGAAAAAAAUAAAGGAGCAUCGAAGGAAAUACGACCUUUUGUCAUUAAUAUAUCAAAGUCGGUAAUCGACGACUUGAACGAACGACUUGCAAAAAGAAGAGAAUUAGUGGAACCAUUGGAAGAUGCUGCUUGGACUUACGGUAUCAGUUCGACAUAUUUGAAAGAUAUUCUUGAAUAUUGGCAAACAAAAUAUAAUUGGUCUCAACGGCAAGCGCUUCUAAACAAGUAUCCUCAGUACGUGACCAAUGUACAAGGUCUGGACAUACAUUUUUAUCAUGUGAAACCACAUAUUCCACCGGAGCGAAAAAAUAUAAAAGUUCUUCCAUUGUUAAUUUCACAUGGUUGGCCAGGAUCCGUGGUGGAGUUUCAAAAAAUUUUGCCUAUAUUAACGACACCGCGUCCUGACAAAGACUUUGUAUUUGAGGUGAUAGCACCUUCACUUCCGGGAUAUGGAUUCUCGCAAGCGGCUGUACGACCAGGAAUGGGCCCGGCACAGAUAUCUGUUGUAUUCAAAAAUCUUAUGUUGCGUCUUGGCUUCAAGAAAUUCUACGUACAGGGAGGAGAUUGGGGUUCGGCUAUUUCCGCACAUUUAGCUGCUCUCUUUCCAGACAAUGUUUUUGGUGGUCAUUUAAAUAUGUGUAUGGGUAUAAUGAGCAAGUCUAACCUUUUUUGGAGAUUGCUCGGUGCUUUUAUCCCAUCACUCGUAGUCGAGAGCGAACAUUAUUCUAAAAUGUAUCCUUUGGGAUCUCACCUGAGUUAUAUCCUUGAAGAAUCAGGAUACAUGCAUUUACAGGCUACUAAACCAGAUACUAUAGGUACUGCUGUGGCAGCUUCACCAGCGGGAUUGGCAGGAUAUAUCUUGGAAAAGUUUAGUACAUGGACAAACAAAGAAUAUAAAUCUCGUGCUGAUGGCGGUUUGCUCGAGAAAUUCACUUUAGAUGAACUUUUAGAUAACAUUAUGCUGUAUUGGGUUACAAAUUCUCUUACUACGAGCGUUCGACUUUACUCCGAAAACUUUAGUGCGAAACACUAUAAAACCAAAAUAGAUGAAUUGCAAAUUAAUGUGCCAAUGGCAUGUGCGGUGUUCCCUCACGAGCUCUUCUAUCAACCGGAGAGCCUACUUCACGACAAAUAUACCAAUCUGAUACAAUUUAACCAUUUAUCACGUGGAGGUCAUUUCGCCGCAUUCGAAGAGCCGGCUUUGUUAGCAGAUGAUGUUUUUGAAUUUGUGUCCAAGGUCGAAGAUAUCAAGAAGAAAACUAGUAAUAAAGACAUGCCCAACGCAGGAAAGAAGAUAAAAAAGCCUAUCAAAAUUUAAGUGAAUUUUAUAAAUUAUAUUUUGUUACCUACAAUUAAAAACAAUAAAUAAAUUAAAAACAUAAUGUUGUAGAUCGA